AUGGCAUCAGGCGCUCCAUCAUGUUCGCUUCUACGUCUUCCAAUAGAACUGCGCUACGAGAUCUACGAUUAUCUAGGUCGCCGGGACUUUAAAAGUUAUCCACUCCGCACGAUGGCAGUCACGUCUAUCGAUCGAACCGGCCCACCAACAGCGCUACUUGUUACUUGUCGCUAUCUCUGCGACGAGAUUCGCGCCUACUUCCUCCCAAGGGUCACACUGGGAUUCGUCCAACAGCAAAAGCCAACUCUCCAGAGUAUUGAUCCAAUCUCGCUCAGUGUCAUCGAGAGGGCAAAAAAAGUUCAUGUAAGGAUGAGUUGGUGGGAAAUCCCAGGGACUGCCAAAGAUUUCCGACACUGGCCAUAUCGCGUGAAUGGGUGGCUUGCGGACCUGGUCAAAAUGUUGCUGGAAAAGGCCAAGAGCUUGGAAGUUAUCACAAUGUCUUUCGAUGAACCUACCUGGGGUACUGAGUGGGAGCAGAAAGAAAAGACACUGGCUCCACUAAAGGACAUUGCCGGGCGGGUAAAGUUUCGAUUAGGCGAGGUGGAAGCUGGCGAGGAGCUAACAGAUGAGGAAGAGGUGGAAGAAGCCAAGUUAAAGGGACCGCACAGUACGUACAACAAGACGGUCGGAAAGGAAGCUGAGUUGAGGAGAUGGCUGGGUGCAUACCUAGAAGAACUCAACGCGGUUGCGUUGCCGGUUGUCAGCUCUUGA